UUUUGCCACUUCCUCUAGUAUGGUUUAAGCGCAUCGUGUGAUAAGGGCUCAGGGCUGUAGUUCAAAACACACAUCAGAUAGAACUGCUGCAAUGUAGUGUCUGAAUAAUAAGCUUAGCACAUUUCUAGAACAAUGGGGCAACGUGUGAACACGAGAGCGCAGAUGUAUACAUUGCACUCAUUCCACAAGUUUUGAGUGUGUGUUUUCGUUUAUAUGGGCCUGCGCUCCCGUGGUCGGUGCUAGCGCAAGAGGAAAGAGACAUCGUGUGGAAGUACGUUUACAGAGCUAUAUGAAAAUUUAAUUAAUGUCAUUGAAAUGCAGUGAAUGAAGAUACAGUACCAAGAAAUCAUAUAAGCGAAAUCCAAGUAAGAAAUGCUGAACUUGCAAUAUGAAUGAUGAUUCUAACCUUCAUGAUUAUACCAUUCAAGAUUUCGUUAUCUCUGUCAACAUCGGUAAUGUGGUUCAUCUUCAGUGAUAUCACUCCGUGUCGCUGCUGAGAGAAAUCUGAUUCGAGUGGAUAGUAGUUAACAUGUCUAAACAUGACAGAACGAGAAGUGGAUCCUACAGUUUCUCGUGCAGUUCGAUUGAUGAUGUCUCGAACAAAGGAAAGCCAGGAACAGCUAAGGAUGAUGCUGGAGGAUGAAAUACGGAAGAGGACUGGAAAGAACAUGGGACAUCUCUUGCGUCCUGUGGAUUCAGUCCCCGAUGUUGCAGAUAGUAGCACAAGAAAAAAGAAUCUUGAGAUAAGAACUGUAAGUUUACACAUUGAAGAAGCACCGAAAGAUUCACAUAUGAAUGAAGAAUUUGAUGAUGAAGACAAUGACUCUGAGAUCAACUUGGAGAUACUAGAAGAGGAUCUGACCUGUAUUGUCUGCAGAGGAAUGGAUGUGGCUCCUAGGAAUCGCCUCAUUGAAUGCACAGAGUGCCAUUCAUUAUACCAUCAAGAGUGCCACCAGCCACCUGUUGGUGAAGCUGAUAUGGAAGACCCAAGAUCAAUAUGGUACUGUACAGACUGCUUGAAAACAAUUAACAGAGCUGUGUCUAAGCCACAUGCUUCACCAAAAUCAACUGUGAAAGACCCUGUCUCAACUGUGAAGCCUACAUUGAAAGCUGAAUCUGCACCACCAACUCUUGUAUUCAAAAGAACAGAAAAGCCUUUCCAGAUGCCAAUUAAUCAAGCAAACAGCAAAAUUGGCUCUCAAGGCGUUGUGGGAAUGGCUGGAUUAGCAACAAGUAUUCAGGCGGCCCAUCAUUCCAGUAAGCAGACAUAUGUUGGUGCAGGAGGAAAGCCUAGUCUGGUAUCUUCAUUUCCUCAAGGGAUCAAAACCUUUGGAGGUUCUCCUGCUUCUGCCUCAGCUUGUAUUUCCAAGCAAAUGCCAGCACAAUCUUCAUCUGGAACAACUUCUGAUUCUAAUAUUAAUUCCAUUACUACAAUGACAUCAACACCUACUGCUGUUCAUACAAUUAGUGGUGGUGGUUCUGGUUCUGGUGGUGGUGCUGCUGCUGCUGCCGCUGCCACUACUACUACAGCGUCUGCAACUGGAUCUUCAUCUAAAUCAUCUGUGGUACCCAAAAUAAAUGUUAUUUCUGCUGACAAAAGACUAGCAAAUAUGAAGAAGAAAGCUGCAAAACUGCAGGAGAAAAGGAAACAUUCAAAAUGAAACUACUAUUGAUUAAUAUGAUAUUAAAUUGUUGACAAUGUAUAUGUAAUUAGCUUAUUUUUAUUGCAUAAUUGUCAAUAUUGGAACAAGUUACAUGUUCAGUUUUAUUUUCUCAUGAUAGUACAAUGCAGUUUGCUUAUUCAGCAGUCCACUGUGCUAAGACUGUUCAAUGUAUAGUUGCCACUUUUUAAAACAGAUAAGAUCAGACAGGAAUUCUUGUUAUUUUACUCCCAGCAAUGAAAUAAUUUGCAAGUGUGAAUCUUUAGCAGAAGCUGAAUGUUGUUCUUUCUCUGUUUUACAGAAUAUUUUUAGUUUAUAUUUUUAUAACCAGUGAAUAGAUUUCCAACCAGUGUACCAAAAUAAAUGUGUAAAAUAAAUAUUAAUAUCACUCUUUGAUGUAUGUUAUACCACUUGAUAUAUACCUUGCUUUUGAAUGUAUGACUAGUAGUAUUAUUGGAUUAGUAUGUAGGGCAUUUCACAGUUUAUAGACUGUUUGUAAUAACCUUGGAAAAUACCACACUUUUUAACACUGAUAGAUUCGACAUAUUUAUUUGUUGCCGUAUUCUUGGUCUGUAAACCUGGCCUUUCUCUCAUCCAAUAAAUAACAUUUGGUCUUGUGCACUACUAUAACUGUAUGAUAUCCAAGUGAAUUUUUAUCUGUAGUAGUGUAACAUGUGGCGUCAAUUAAAAAUUAACAAGGCAUUGGGGAAAAAUCAGGAAGUAAGUGCUUAAAAUGUAACCUAGUGUUAAUUUACGCUAGAAAAAUGAGAACAGGAGUUAUAUUGACUCUGAGAGAUAAGGCAUCUGACUACGCAGUAGUCCAUAGACUACGGAAUUUUCUCGUAUUCCUUUAUCAGCUUAUACUUUUAAUCCAAUAACAUUACUAUUUACAUGUUCUCAAGCAAUUAAGUUUCAAGCUCUCAUACUUACCAGCUUUUGUCUCUGAUAUGCAUGUGUGCUGCUCUUUAAUGAAAUUGGUGUGAGCCUGUACCAGCACAAACGGGUUUCUUUGGAAAGAGUGAGGUAAAUAUUUUUGUAAAUGAAGUAACAGGUAUCACAGGAAAUGCCUAAUUUUAUACAAGGAGUCAAGUUGAGGCUGAUUUCAAGGUAUUUAAAAUCUCAUUUAAAUUAAAAGCAGAUUGUGUCCAUUUCUGCUCACUGGAAGGACAGUUGUAGGGUUUAAAAAUCUCACUGGAAUGGAUAUCAUUAGAUAUGGUCUGCUCAUCCGAGAUUGUUGGUAGGAGCUUGGGUGAAAGCAUUUUGGGAAGAGUAAGUGACUAUAUUACAGUGGCUGUAGAUAUAUAUUAUUAACUACUAUUGUGCAUCAAUGUAUGCAUUAUUAUAUACCAUUGCAAAAACAAAUUUAAGCUGUAGUGGUGGUGGUGGUGGUGGUGGUGGUGGUGGCGGUAACAACAUAUAAAUUUACUUUUUUACUCACCUGAAUUGGAAUCUUGUGAGAUGUUAACAAACAAAUAUACUGUUACAGAACUACUUGGUGUUUUCUCUAAAACAUUCACAAACAUUAUGCCUAUGUCCUUUUGUGACAAUUAAACUUUCCCUUCCAGUUUCCUUAUAUAAUGUAUAAAGUGGUGGCAGGUUGUACAGACAUUAAAUGAGAAACACUCAGGAAACUUGUAUGCGAGCUAUGGAUUUCACAUGUUUUGUGAAUGUACCCCAGAAUUCUCCAAUUACAUGAAAAUCAUUUAAUCAAC